CUUGUUAUGGUGCUUGACAGCGCUUCUGUGUCUCCACGCAGCGCAACAUCCACCAGUUUGUGAAUUACUUUUUGCAACACAUGCCUUCCACUGCUGGCCAAACUGAUGACGUGUUUGCAUCCACCAAAUUUCAAAUAAUCUCUCGCGCUUAAUCUCGAGUGUUUGCACCCGAAGAUCUGUCAAGGCAGUUGCAUUGUGCACUGCUUGGGCCUACAAACUCAAUUCAGAACGUCAAAUGGCGGUGCUCACUAAAAGCUCUUUCCGCGUCUCUUUUCUAUUUUGGUCAUCAAGAUGGUGGCACGAUGUGCCUAACACAUAAGCAUGAAAAAGCGGUCAUUCCUAUAGAAAUUCUGCUCUCCCCCUUUCAUCAGCGCGCAGGAUGUCUUGUUCGAAGCAUGAUGAUUCCUGCUUCCACAACAACUUCAACUUGCGUGCUGGCCUUGUUCUUGUAUCAGAGGUUGGCCUAUUGUCUUUCGUCCUAGCAUCUUCCCUCCUUUUUUACUCUCUGCGACAAGCAUACAAGAACUAUCGUGGCAGGGACAGCACACCAAACUCUAGCGCCGAGCCUUGGAUACAACCUAUCUCAGUAUUGUUUUUGUGUGCUAUUUUCAUCGAUGUGAUCGGUGGGGUAGGAAAUAUUCUGUCCGUCAGGUGGGCCUUCACAGGAGAAGUCGUCGAGGGUCCAUACUGUACAGCACAGGCGGCCUUAAAGCAGAUUGGGGGUAACGGCGUCGCGUGGUUUACCAUGGCCAUUGCAAUAUUGACGUACCUUCAAGUGGUCCAUUGGAGCUGGGUCGGCGAAAGGGGAGCAAAGAUUUUUGCAACGGGAUCCAUUUGCUUCAUUACCGUAUUCAUCAUCUUGAUUAUUGCGAUUCCCGCUUCGAUUUUCCAUCCAUAUUACGGUGAAGCUGGGCCGUGGUGCUGGAUCCGUAAUGGCAGCGGUGCCAGCCGCCAGAAGUUACGAUUCACAACCCAAUAUGCCUCGGAGUGGCUAGCGAUACUAGUUUCCAUUGUCGCAUAUGGUGCGGUAGCGUACAAGUGGCUACACCAGGCAUCUAUUGAUGCCAACUACGACCUCAAACGGGAUGCGAUUGCCAUGGGAUGGUAUCCUAUCGCUUAUUGUGUCGUCGUUGCACCUCUAUCUGCGGUUCGUUUCCGCCAGUUCAGUGGUCAUCAAUCAACCACUGCUGGUGAGAUAUUCCCUUCUGCCCUUAUAGCUUCAUGGGGAGCCAUCAAUGCCAUUCUGUGGUAUUCGACUGGUAGACGUUUCGGAUUCUCCAACAAAGAGAGCACCUCCCCCAGCAGCACCUCGAACUUGAAGCUUGGUUCUCCUGAGGAAUUUGAGAUGAUCGCUCAAGCGGCUCCCAUCGAUGGUGGAGCAAUUGAAACGAUUCCAAUCCCGCCGACCUAUGCAGAGCCCCCCAGAAGUAACACUCAUUAUGGUUAAGAGUCCCCAUUGGAGAUUACAUGCUCGCAUAUAUUCCGGGGGCUUCAUUCUUGAAUUUGUGGUUCAAUAAGGAACCGCUAUGUUGUCACCCAUGUAUAUUAUGUUUUGUAAUCGUCCGGUCGAUCUUUCCCUCUAUUAUUAUAGUGACUCAUUCCAAGGU